UCCUAUACAUACAUAUAUACAUACACACACAUAUAUAUAUUUCUCUCUCUCUCUAAAUUCUCUCAUUUCUCACACAAUCAAUUUUCUUUUACAUUCCCAGCUCUUAAUUUACCAAAUAUAAUCUUAAAGUCAUCAUCUUUAUUUCAUUUUCUGAAAAAUUAUUGAGCUUUCUAAUUUCCCAGUCUCAUUAUGGCACGUCCAACUGUACCAAAAUUCGGUAACUGGGAAAGUGAAGAUAAUGUUCCUUAUACCAUUUACUUUGACAAAGCUAGAAAAGGUAAAACUGGUGGGAAGAUGAUCAAUCCAAAUGACCCACAAGAGAACCCUGAAAUGUUUGCUCAUAUUAAAACCCCACCACAUCCCGCUUCUCGGCCCAGAUCCUACGCGGAACCGGAAGAACCAGUCCAUAGGCGGGCAGUUCCUACUCAUGAUCGUCGGGUUAGCCGGGAAGAAAGUGAGUAUCCACCACCUAAUGAUAACACAGGUCGGAGGACUUCUGGUGGCUCAGCUCAUCAACGUGGCGGUCAAGCGGUAGUUGGAGGGAGACAGGCGAAAGGUAGUGUAGGAUCUGACCAAAGCUUUGAUAAGUCCCCACUUCAUCCCCAUUAUCAGGCAAAGGUCGGUGGGAAAGGUAGUGGGUCACCUGCUUGGGAAGGAAAGAAUUCUUAUGAUAGUAGUCAUGGUACUCCUGGACGAUCAAGAAUGAAGCCUGCUCGAGGCGAUGAAACUCCUGAUAGAGGAGCUGCUGUUCCAAGGUUCGGGGAGUGGGAUGAGAACAACCCUUCGUCGGCAGACAACUAUACACAUAUUUUCAACAAGGUACGCGAGGAACGUGUAACUGGAUCACCCAUGGUACCUGGUUCAGAUGCAAGACCAAAUUACAAUAUUCCGCGUAACCAAACAUCCAGUACUAAGUGGUCGUGCUUCCCGUGCUUCAAGUAAAUGACGAUUUUGGAAUACUUGUGAAUAGCUCUAAAGGGCUCUGUAUAUUCAGAGUUAGCUUCAUCUAUGCAUACAUCACAAAGGAUGCUUUUUGUUUCAUAUUUAUAAUGUAAGUGUGAUUUUGGUUUUCUGGGUGCAAUUGGGUUUAAAGCAUGAGAAUUUGAUGAUUGACUUGUUAUUAUAUAUCUGGUUGUAAAAAGACCAGUACAUAUUCUUUUAUUUAGUAAUGGCUUUGUAUAA